AGGGGGAUAACGUGUAAUACCCCAAUAUUUUUUUUUCUAUAAAUUAAAUUUUCAAAGUAUUGGUAUUCUGAAAUAUUAUUAAUAUCAUAUUUUGCAUAGUGUUUUAAUUAAUCCAAUUAGUCUUUUAAAAAAAAAAACAGAUCGAUAAAGUCAAGAUGACUAAGGGAAAACCCGAAUACCAAAAGUUAAAUGGUAUAGCUAGGAAUUUGAAAUCCUUAACCGACAUUUCUCACCCCUUACUUAUUUCCCCUGUUGAGGCAUCCUUCUUAGACUUAAUUUUUUUUCAAUCUUCCAAUUUCACUCUCUCGAAACUUCUCGCCCUCAACCCGUCACUCUGUGAAGAGCUCUCACUCGCUCUUCCACCGUCAGCCAUCCCUCGCCGCUCUCUCUCGCCGACAAAGAACCUGAAGGAGAAGGGGAGCAAUCUGAGAAUUAGAAGAUCAUCAGCUUGCAUCGGAUUCACUCAAGAUUUGCAGGUUACAGGUAAUGAUGUUUUUGGGAAUGCGUUGGAGUGAGGACGGCUUAGUACUUGCGAUUAUGUUUUAGGAAUAAUCUUUUCUCUAAUAAGGAAAAAGGGUCAUUUUGGGUUGUAAAUUUAGGCUAUGUAUGGAUAAGGAGUUUUGUAAAUAGUUACUUAUGUAGUUAACCAUCUAGAAGAAUCUCUUGGCACAAAACGUUAUCUAGUGAUACUGAUGUUAAAAUGGGUUUGUUGGAUAGGCAGUCACUAAGCCUUGCACUUAUGCUCUAUAAGUGUGGCGGUAACGCCUUGGAAUUUAUUUUCUUUUUUUUAUAAAAGCUGGUGGGAGAAAACUAGGUACCCCAUCAUUAAGAUUAUGCUAAUUGGGGGGAAACCUUGUCGAAAUUUUCAGUCGUAAUAUUAUUUAUUUAAUUAGUUUAGGAA